AUGUAGCAAUCUAAACCUCAACAUCAGACUCAGUCACUAAGAAGAUGUGGGCUUCACGUAGUAAACAAUUUACUUUAAACAGACAAAUACACUAGUAAUGAUUUCGAUAGAGUGGCAGAAGAGAUGAAAAGAGAAACUAACAAUUCUCAUUAUACAUACUUUUUAGGAAAUUACGAUUUAAAUGUUAUCGAGCGGAUUUUACUUAAAGAAUCAUAUGAGUUAUAAUGGAUUAGAUAGAACCAAGCAAUUACUGAAGAGCUGAUGGCUGACGAAUCAGUAGAAGGGCUUUUAAUUAAUAAGAUCAAGGAGAUAUCGUUAAUUGAGAGAUUAUGUUAAUGGGAACCCAGACAUUGGGUUUGUAUUCGAAAAAGCAGGAAAUCUGACAAUACUUUGGAAUUCUAUUACCAUGAUUCAUAAUUGAAGGAUGCUUAACUGUAUUAGACCAAAGAUUCGAUUAGUUUAUUGUAAGAAUUGUAAAAGAAUAAAGAUAAUCACUUGCUAUUAGUAAAGAAAAUGUAGCUUCAUUGAUUCAAAUAAAUUUAUUAAACAAAAUUAGACAUCUUUCAAUUUAUAAUCUUC